CAUCCGAAGCUGAUGGUAUAUAACACUAGUAAUCAGUAAUCACUGUAAUUAAACUGGAGGUCCAAGUAAACUUUUUUUAUUACAAAUACAACUAGUAAUAUCUACGAAGAAAAUUUAUUUUGGUUGUUGUUACUUGCAGGGGUUACCUGGUGAAUCUCUUAUUACCUGGUUAAUUUUAAGGAAAAUUUAUUUAUAUGCUAGGGUUUUGGAUUUUUGUCACGUCCAACAACUAAUGAUCAGGAAAUUAGUGGGUUGUUGAGAGAAGAUUUUAUUAAUGAAAAAAAAUUCCUUGAAGAUAUUACUAGUAUACAACUAAUGAUCAAUUAGUGGGCUACGAGAAAAAAAUAUUAAUUUUAAGGAAAAUUUGUUCUUAUUAUAAAUACAACUAGUAAACAACCCACUAAUUGCCUGAUCAGCACCCACUAAUGCAUGAUCAACUAGUAAUAUUUAGGAGGAAAUUUUAUUUUUUUUAUUAUAAAUACAACUAUUUUGUUUCAUUUUAAUUGUCAUUUAAAGUUUAUACACAUAUUAAAAUUUUUUUUUUUUUUUUGCAUAUUUUUAAAAUAAAAAUAUCAUUACAUAUACACUUAACAAUAUUUCAACCAAUAGAAAGAUAAACGAGAGAGUAUUGUUAAUAAAUUUUGUAUCAAAAUUUUAAACUUACAUUGAAACGAAAAAUUUAUUCAACAACGAUAAAUUAACUGAAACGGAGGGAAUAGUAAACGGGCUUUUAAUAAAAACUCACUAAUUACAUGAUCACUGAUUAGUUGUUUCACGUGACAAGAACCCAAAACCUUAGCUUGUAAUAUUUUUUUCUAAAACGAAAAUGUUCAUCAGAUUUCUAGCAAUUCCAACAUGUUCAAUUAAUAAUGGUUUUAUUCUGUUGUUAAAAUAAAAAUUUAACUACCUAAACCAAAAUAUAAUAAAAUAAUAAUAAUAAUUUGCAAUUUAGAAAAAUGAAUUUUGCCGGCUGGAGAUGCUCCCUAAACCUAUUUUUUUUUACGGGAGCUUAGCUACAAAAGCUCUUAAUUAAUCUAGUAUUAUUAUUUUUUAUCAACUCUAGUAUUCCCUCCGUUUUAAUUUAGUUGUCAUUUUAGGUUUAUGCACACGGAUUAAGAAAACAUUUAAUUGUGCAUAUUUUCAAAAUAAAAUCAUCUUCAAUCAAUAGAAAAUAAAUUAAAAAAUAUUGUCAAUAAAUUUUGCAUUGAAAUUAUAAAACAAUCUUUAUUUUGUAACGGAAAUUUUAUCUUACAACGAUAAUUAAAUUGAAACGGAAGAAGUACUAUUUAAAACUGAGUUUACAGCAUUUGGAGCCAACAUAUUUUUGUGUGACAACAACCAAAGAAAGAAAGAAAAACACAUACAUAUUAUUGUAACAAAGCAUAAAAUUAAUGGCUGACAAGGAGCUUAAUAUGAACGUGAGAGACGACAACGUAAGUGAAGAAACGAAGAAACUGAUCUCUUCAGUUCCUACAUACAAAGAUUCACUAGUUAAGCUCUGCAAGUACCAAGGAUGUUGGUAUUACUACAACACUCUCCAAGCUGUCAUCAACUUCCAGAAUAAUUUUCAGCCGCAAGACACUGAUAUUAUUCUCGCUUCUUUCCCAAAGUCCGGCACAACUUGGCUCAAGGCACUCUCGGUUGCACUCUUAGAGAGAUCUAAACAUAAUGAUCCUCUGAACCAUCCACUGCUAUCCGGUAACCCUCAUGGCAUAGUACCAUUCUUCGAGAUUGAUAUGUAUCUCAAAAGCCCAACACCGGACCUAACCAAGUUCUCCUCAUCAUCAUCAUCAUCCUCGAGGCUGUUUUCGACUCACAUGCCUUUGCACACCGUGAAACAAGGCCUCAAAGACUCUCCAUGCAAGGUUGUGUACUUGUGCAGGAACGCAAAGGACGCGUUGAUAUCGCGUUGGUAUUUCAGGAGCAAGUGUGAGAAGAAGGAUGUGUCAGAAGCAUUCUCGAAGUCGAUGUUCGAGUCGUUUUGCAGCGGGGUUGGCUUCUACGGUCCGAUUUGGGAUCACGCCCUCAGUUACUGGAGAGGCAGCUUGAAGAAUCCCGAGAGUGUACUCUUCAUGAAGUACGAGGAACUGAAAAGGGUGCCUUGUCCUCAGCUGAAGAGGCUUGCUGAGUUCUUGGGAUGUCCUUUCACCAAGGAAGAGGAAGAGAGCGGGUUGGUUGAGAAGAUUAUUGAACUAUGCUCUUUCGAUAACUUGAGCGGUUUGGAGGUCAACAGAACAGGGAAAACGCUGACGAACGUCGAUCACGAUAGCUUUUUCCGCAAAGCAGAAGUUGGUGGCUGGAAAAAUUAUCUAACUCCUGAAAUGGAGAACAAAAUCGACAUGAUCAUUGAUGAGGAACUAAAAGGUUCGGGUUUGACUUUCUAGACUUGUUUUACUUUUUCAUGUUUGUUUGUACCUCUUCUUAUUUCAAUGCGUUGUAAUAAGAUUACCUUCUGCCAUGCCAUGUAUCUUACAUUUUCUACUUUGGAUUUGAAUGAAGAAAAACAUUAAAUAUUUUUAUCAUUCCUAAAAAAUUAUACCAUUUACGAAGAAUUUUUUUUUCUUUACCAUUUAUGACGAAUUAUAAUCUUUGAUUUCACACGUUUUUUAAAUUUUAAAUGCAAACCGAAUUUUUUAUAUUUGUUGUCUCUCUUCUUUUAGAACCUGGUGUGUUUCUUUGUCUUAUUUUUUCCUGCGUUUCUAUUUUUUAAAUGGGUUAGCUAAACAACUAAAUAGAUUUUCACAGACUAAUUUGAUUGCUUCAUAAAAAUAGUUUAUCUUUAAUUAAACAUCUUCAGUGAUGUAUCGUAUAAAAGAAAUGAAAUGCAAAGCUUUUAAAACAAUAGCAACAAGAAUUGUGGGGCAUUUAGAAGAAGCACCAAAAAAUGAGAGAUUGUGAGAAAGAAACAAAUCAAAGACGUCUUCCCCUUCUACCACCCUUUCUACGGGUGCUAUCGGUUGGAAUUGGAGUCACAUCCUC